AUGGAAGAUGUUGAGGAAACAGCUGCUGAUGUGAAGGAAGUGAAAGCGGAGGAGGGUAAGGACAAGCGGGAUGAGGAGGAUGAGGAGGAUGAGGAUCAGGUUGAGACGAUCGGGGACGGUGAUGAUCCCGAGGAGCUCGCGGUGAUCGAGGCAGAGGAAGUGGAGGAGGGCGACGACGGCGAGCAAGCUGGCGACGACGAAAUGAACGACGACGACGAGGAGGAGGUUGAGCAAGCGGACGAGGACGACCCUCAUAAAGACGAGCCGCAUUUCAACGAGCGCAAGGAGAUAGCGAGGAAGGAGAGGGAGCGGCUGAGGGAGAUGAAGCGGAACAAGAAGAAGGAGCUGGAGGAGCUCGUCAAGAGGCAGAACGAAGCCGUGCAGGCUGAAACGGCCGACAAUGCUAAAGGGAGGCUCAAGUUCCUGCUGCAGCAGACGGAGAUUUUCCAGCACUUUGCACAGCAGCACGACUCGCCUGUGAAGCCCAAGGGCAAGGGCCGAGGCAAGGGGCGGGGUCGAGGGAGCUCGAAGCUGACAGAGGAGGAGGAGGACGAGGAGUAUUUGAAGGAGGAGGAAGAGGCGCUGGGGGACGGAGGCAGCACCACCAGGCUGCUUGUGCAACCCUCUUGCAUCCAGGGCAAGAUGAGAGACUACCAGCUGGCGGGACUCAAUUGGAUGAUUCGGCUCUAUGAGAAUGGCAUCAACGGGAUUCUGGCCGAUGAAAUGGGCCUGGGAAAGACCCUGCAGAGCAUAUCGUUGCUGGGGUACCUGCACGAGUUCAAGGGCAUAUCAGGGCCGCACAUGGUGGUGGCGCCCAAGUCCACGCUGGGCAACUGGAUCAAGGAGCUGCACCGCUUCUGCCCCGCCCUGCGCGCCUUCAAGUUCCAUGGCAACCAGGAGGAGCGCACCCACCAGCGCACUCACAUGCUGCAGCCGGGGAAGUUUGACGUGGUGGUGACGAGCUAUGAGAUGGUGAUCAAGGAGAAGUCGGCGUUCCGCCGGCUGUCGUGGCGGUACAUUAUUAUCGAUGAAGCGCAUCGCAUCAAGAACGAGAAUUCCAUCCUUUCGAAGACCAUGCGCCUCUUCUCCUCCAACUACCGCCUCCUCAUCACCGGGACUCCCCUGCAGAACAAUCUUCACGAGCUCUGGGCACUUCUGAACUUUCUUCUGCCCGAAAUCUUCAGCUCAGCAGAGGCGUUUGACGAGUGGUUCCAGCUGUCGGACGGGGAGGACCAGCAGGAGGUGGUGCAGCAGCUGCACAAGGUGCUCCGCCCUUUCCUGCUCAGACGGCUCAAGUCAGACGUGGAGAGAGGGCUCCCUCCCAAGAAAGAGACCAUUCUGAAGGUGGGCAUGAGUGAGGUGCAGCGCAACUACUACCGGGCGCUUCUGCAGAAGGACAUAGAGGUGCUCAACAGCGGGGGGGAGAGGUCUCGCCUGCUCAACAUUGCCAUGCAGCUGCGCAAGUGCUGCAACCACCCCUACCUCUUCCAGGGUGCCGAGCCCGGCCCGCCCUUCAUCACAGACGAGCAUCUGAUAGAAGCUUCCGGGAAGAUGGUGCUGCUGGACCGACUGCUGCCAAAGCUGAAGGCGCGGGACUCACGGGUGCUCAUUUUCUCCCAGAUGACGCGCCUUCUGGACAUCCUAGAAGACUACUGCAUGUUCCGCGGGCACCAGUACUGCCGGAUCGACGGCAACACGGGGGGUGACGAGAGGGAGGCGGCGAUCGAGGAGUUUAAUAAAGAAGGAAGUGAGACGUUCAUCUUUCUGCUGUCUACUCGGGCGGGCGGGCUGGGGAUUAACCUCGCGACGGCUGACAUCGUGAUUAUCUACGACUCUGACUGUCAACUCACAGAGCGCAUCGCAUCGGGCAGGCAGAAGAAGGAAGUGCAGGUCUUGCGAUUCUGCACUGAGGUGGGCUUUCCUACCCAUCCCUCCUGCUGGCCCAACUUCUCUCCUGCCCUCCAUCCCUCUCACCCACUCCAUCCCUCUCUCACCCACUCCCUCCCUCUCUCACCCACUCCCUCUUUCCCCCAACGUGACAAAAGUAAAUCUGCAACUCUGCACCACAGUUUUGCCACUUUGAGUCAACUCUCUUCCGCUGUCCUCCGCCCUCCUCCCCCCUUUUCCACCUGCCAGCACACGAUAGAAGAGAAGCACACGAUAGAGGAGAAGGUGAUAGAGCGCGCGUACAAGAAGCUGGCUCUGGACGCUCUGAUCAUCCAGCAGGGCAGGCUUGCAGAGCAGCGAGGUGUGAUAGAGCGCGCGUACAAGAAGUUGGCUCUGGACGCUCUGAUCAUCCAGCAGGGCAGGCUGGCGGAGCAGCGAGGUGUGAUUGAGCGAGCAUACAAGAAGCUGGCUCUGCUCUGGAUGCGCUCAUCAUUCAGCAGGAGCGAGCUGGCAGAGCAGCGAGGUGUGAGGGAGCGGGCGUACCAGAAGCUGGCUCUGGAUGCGCUCAUCAUUCAGCAGGGCAGGCUGGCAGAGCAGCUGCACCAACUUUUCCUUUCCUUAUUCACAGUUGCUGUGAACAAGGACGAGCUCCUUCAAAUGGUGCGGUUCGGAGCAGAAAAAGUAUUUACCUCCGCCAACACGACCAUCACUGAUGCUGACGUGGACAGGAUCAUCGCCAAGGGGGAGGAGGCGACCGCUGAGCUGGACGCCAAGAUGAGAAAGUUCACGGAAGAUGCAAUAAAGUUCAAAAUGGACGACACGGCGCUGUACAGUUUGGGCGAGGGCGAGAAGGAGGAGGAGAGGCCUGAUCUCAAGAAGCUGGUCACUGAGAACUGGGUCGAGCCGUCACGGAGAGAGAGGAAGAAGAACUAUUCUGAAGCAGAGUAUUACCGCCAGGCCAUGCGCAUGGGCCCUCCCUCUCAGCCCAAGUCGAAGGAGGCCCGCCUGCCAAAAAUGCCCGUGCUACACGACUUCCAGUUCUUCAACACGGCGCGCCUCUCGGAGCUCUUCGACAAGGAGGCCAAGGCCAAGCUGCUCUUUGACAAGGAGGCCAAGGCCAAGCUGGUGAGUUGUGUGAUGAAAGGAUGUUGUCAGUAUAGGGUUUUGUUGUCACUGGUGUGUCUCUCAGACCUCUUCAACAAGCAGGCCAAUGCUAAGCUGGAGACCAAGGCCAAGCUGGUCAGUGCUGCUGCCGCCACCGCCACUGCCGAUGCCGCUGCUGAGAUUGCCUCUCAUGCACUUGUUUGUUUCUCGUAUCCCUCCUCCUCCUCCCUCCUGGUGUGGUUGGCAGCAAGCCUUGGAGCGGCAGGCAGCAAAGAAAGAAGCCAAGGAAGGGGGCGAACCGGCUUUAAGUCAUGGACGCGCAAGGACUUCAACCAGUUCCUGCGGCUGUGUGAGAAGUACGGGCGAGCGGACGUGGCGAGCAUUGCAGCCGAGAUGGAGGGGAAAACGGAGGCAGAGGUUCGAGAGUAUGCGGCAGUGUUCUGGGAGCGAUGCACUGAGUUAAAUGAUUGGGACAAGAUUCUGCGCAACAUAGAGAAGGGCGAGGCGCGCAUCGUGCGUCGGGAGGAGAUAAUGCAGUCGGUGCGGCGCAAGAUGGAGCGGUACAGCAACCCCUGGGUGGAGCUGCGGAUCCAGUACGGCACCAACAAGGGCAAAUACUACACGGAGGAGAGCGACCGGUUUAUGGUGCGUGUUCCUGUGGGUGGGUCGGUGCGGCGCAAGAUGGAGCGGUACAGCAACCCCUGGGUGGAGCUGCGCAUCCAGUACGGCACCAACAAGGGCAAAUACUACACGGAGGAGAGCGACCGCUUCAUGCUGCGCAUCCAGUACGGCACCAACAAGGGCAAAUACUACACCAAGGAGAGCGACCGCUUCAUGGUGCGCACUGAGGGUGGAUGGGAGUUUUGUUGUAUAAUGGGGAACUUUGUCCGUCAGAUCUGCAUGAUCCAACAGCUGGGAUAUGGCAACUGGGACGAGCUCCGGGCAGCAGUGCGUCAGUCCCACCUGUUCAAAUUCGAUUGGUUCCUGAAAUCAAGGCAGCCGCCUGAGCUGGCGCGGCGGUGCGACACUCUCAUCCGAUUGGUGGAGAAGGAGAAUCAGGAACUGGAGGAGAAGGAGCGGCAGGCGAAGCGGGACAAGAAGAACAGCGCCAAGGCAUCUGGAACAAGCAGAGGAGGAGGCCAGGCAGCAGCAGCAGCUGAAACUGUUGGCAGCGGAAGCAGGAAAAGAAAGCAGUCCACUCUUGAGGCCUUCGUGUACGAUCCCCCAGCCUUGUGUCGAUGA